AUUAGUACUACAAACUAAUACUACACUUGAAAGUUCCAAAAUGCAUACCCUAAAACCAUUCUCUUUUACACUAAAAGUAUUACUCUUUCUACUUUCUCUUUUAACCCUAAAACCUCUUGUCGAUGCUAAUACUCGAAACCUAAUCAGUUUUAACAUCCAGCAAGUUACUAUCAACACCAACAACGACUCUUUUGCAUAUGAAUUUGAUGAUGAAGACAUCAUUAAUAGAACUCCUUUAACCAUCGAAUCUGAUAUAAUUGCAGAAGAAUUUCGAUAUCUCAUGAAAUUCGGUGUUAAAACUUACGGCAAUCAUGACGUCGAUACAUAUGCCAUUCCAGACACCGGAAGCGAUCUCAUAUGGCUUCAAGAUAGGAUUUGCAAUGAUGGAAAAGAUGAUAAAAAUUGUUAUGAAGCCAAAGUCAAUGAAUAUAGAGAAAAGCCUAAGGACCCUAUUGAUUGUUGGGUAGAUGACCGAUGUAAUAAAACAUUGCCAGCGCUCGGUAUCAAACAUAGAUGCACCAAAAAACAUAAGUGCGAGUACAGUGGUAUAGUUUAUGGAGAUGGUUCUAAAAAUGAAGGAAUUUUGGGCCAAGCUGAUUUUUUCUUCUCCGCAAUCACCAGCAAAAGUAAACCCGAUCGCCGCGUUGAAAGGAAAAUGACGAUUGGAUUUUCACCAAAAUUGGGAGGUGAUGAAGGUGAAUCAAAAAGCUUAUACCAAGGAAUUGUUGGACUUGGAUAUGGAAAUCUAUCAUUGAUAAAACAAUAUGCCAAAACAAGACGGAGAUGUUGUGCAUUCUCUUAUUAUCUUCCUCAAUUUCGUCGCAAAGAUGAAGACGCUAUUAAAGCUAGAAGCAAGUUCAAAUUUGGAGAUGAUGUGAAAAUUUCGGAUAAAAACACGUCUUUAUUGUUACCAAAAAACAAAGAUGACGAGUGUGGCAUUCGUUAUUGUGUUCAACUUGAAGGUGUUUUUCUCAAAUUUGAAGAUGAAAAUCAUGAAAUAAAAACUGACACUGAUCAUAAGGUAAUGAUUAUUGAUUCGGGUACCACAAAAACAUAUCUUAGACUUACUUGUAAAAAAUUUGAGGAAUUUAUAAAUAAAAUAAAGGAGAAAUUAAAUGUGGAGUUAACAAAGUUUGAAGGUUAUUAUGAGAAUUGUUUUGAGAAAAAUGAUGAGAAUAAGAAGAAAUUGGAGAAAUUGGAGAAAAUAUCAUUUAAAUUUAGUGGUACAAAAAUAGAGUUGAAGAGGGAAAAUUUUUUAGAUGAUGAUUUUACUCCUCCUCCUAUAAAAUCCAAUGGGGACCAAAAAAAAUAUAUUUGCUUAACGGUGGAAAGAGAAACUAAAAGGGAAUAUCAUAUACUUGGAAGUAGAGCUCAGAUGGAUUUUUUGGUGGCUUUUAAUGUUACUGAAGGAAAUAAGAUAGUGUCCUUUGAUCAUCUUGAAGUUGAAGAUAAUAAGCAUAUUGAAGAAUCAUUGGUCCUUUCAGAAUAAGUAUAAAUAUGCCAUAUGCCAUGCAUUUGGUAAUUAAGGCUACUACGUACCUCUAGUCAUGUGUGUCAAGAAUAAGAAAUGUGUGGUUAUAUAUUAAUUAUAUAUGUAUUAGUAGUUUUCAAUAAGCUAGUUAGCAUGCAGUAUUGUUAUGUAAGUUACGUUGUGUGUAAUGUGUGUAUGUGAGACUAGAGUUUUGAGUCAAAUUGAGUUGUGUCACUAUGUAAUGUAUGUAUAUUAAUUUAUUAAUAAUAAUGGUAUGAUAUGAUAAAUUUGGAGUUGUCUCACAAACAUAACCGUUAUAAAAAAAAAAA